AUGUCGGAUUCCCUCUCCGACGCGGACAAGAUCCGCAACAAGCGCCUCGCAAAGUUGUCCAACCCAAACCCGUCCCCCUCCCAAGACAACAACUCCGAUUCAGCACAGUCAUCCGCUCAUACCUCGCCGACACAAUCGCCCUUGUCCGCCCAACCAACGGGCAGCUUCAGCGGAUCCCCCUCGUUCUCGCAAACUCCACUACAAUCGGAGGGGAAACGCAUCAAAAUCACACCAGCUGCCCAGACCCCAGAGCGAACACGAUCCAACCCGCCCUCAGCCCCCGGCACGCCCCCUCUACAGAAGAUCGAGAGCAUCGAGACUUUCGAAGACCGCACAUUAAGCGCCGUUUUCAAGGUGACACUGAAGGAUGAUGGGCGCCAGGACAUUCACGGCAAGCGCACUUUCUUGAGUGGUCUGCGCAGCGAGUUAGAAGGAGAGGGCCAGGAUUUGCGUAUUCAAGUCUCCGUCUUGGACCAAGCUCUCCUGGAAGCUGCAUCGAACGCUGAACGGAACCGUCCUUUGGAUUACCUGCUGCCAUGUUGGAAACGCAUCACACGGCUCUCGAAUGGUUUCCGCCGGACGGGAGAUGACGACCCUAAGUAUCAGAUUCUUUGCGAGGCGCGUCGACUAUGCAUGAGCUAUUGUAUUUUCGCGAUUACCAUGCCGGAGAUGUUCGGAAGCGACGGCUUUGGGCAAUCUUUAGCCUCGUAUCUGCUCCUGGACCCUGAAGAGGACCGUGGUAUUGACUUCAGCUUCAUGCACGAAGCUGUGAAGAGGUUUGAUGAAGAUGAGAGUAUCAAGCCAGCAUUUAUUACUGCCGUUGAGCAGCUUAGUGCGCAGCUCUCCUCUAUGGAUGUCAACGAUGACUACAAACCUUAUACCAUUGCCCUUCGCAAUCUCGUCCGCCAUGGUACCCUCGCGGCUGCGAUCACAGAAUCAGCAAUCUUCAACGCCUCAAAAGACCCGGCACAGUUCGAGAAGGCCACUCUUCUAGGACCGUGGUUCAGCCUGUCGCCUCUCCAGGGCAACGUCACCUUGUCUUAUUUCUCUAGCCCCAAGACUCGUGAUGCAGCAUAUAUCUCGAAUGCCCAACGGUCACUUCGGAUGACGCAGCAAUUGCUAAGCUCUGAUCUUCUUGACGUGAUCAAUCACUUGAUUCGAGCUUCAAAGGAGGCUCGUGAUCGCGUUUUAGAUUGGUUCGCAGCUGCACUUAACAUCAACCAUAAGCGGCGCGCGAUGCAGGUGGACGCCGAACAAGUAUCAUCAGAUGGAUUCAUGUUCAACCUGACAACUUGUUUAGACCAGCUCUGUGAGCCUUUCAUGGAUGCAUCAUUCACGAAGAUCGACAGAAUCGACUCGAAUUAUCUCCAUCGAAACUCACGAGUUGAAAUGCGCGACGAGACUAAGAUAAAUGCCGAUCAGCAUGCAUCCGAUGCGUUCUAUUCCAAGAAGGUUGAUGGAACUUCAAACUUUAUCACUGAAAUCUUCUUCUUGACUGUUGCUGCUCAUCACUACGGUAGCGAGUCGUUGACCUCGAAGAUGGAGCAACUGGAAAAGGAUCUGCGACAGAUGGAGAAUAUGAUCACCAAAUUUGAACUGGAACGUCACAAAUGGAUCAAUAACCCGGGAGAGCUCGCCACUUUCGACAAUGCCCUCAAGAAGUACAAGGACAAGUUUGAUUUGGGCCUGGCUUUGAAAUACAGCCUUCAGGGUGUCCUAUUUGAUGAUCACUGGCAGAGCCGCUCCAUGCUUUUUAUGCGAUAUGUUACCGUAUGGCUUUUGAGACUCGUGUCUGGCAAGAACUUCCCGACCGAAAAGAUCUCACUCCCACUCCCAGAGACACAGCCUGAAGUCUUCAAGUGCCUACCGGAAUAUUUCGUGGAAGACAUUGUUAGCAACUUCAAAUUCAUCAUGUGGUGCAUGCCACAAAUCAUCACCGCCACCCAAGGCGAUGAGCUGGUGAUGCUGUGCAUCACUUUCCUGGAGAGCUCCGCCUACAUCAAGAACCCUUAUCUCAAAGCCGGACUUGUCUCAAUUCUGUUCCGGGGCACUUGGAAACGCCCUGGUGGCGCUAGCGGCGUUUUGGUCGACCUGCUCAACUCGCUUCCAUUUGCCAACGACCAUCUUCUUCAUGCAGUUAUGAAAUUCUACAUCGAAGCAGAGUUCACGGGAGCGCAUACACAGUUCUACGACAAGUUCAACAUCCGUUACGAGAUCUUCCAGAUCAUCAAGUGCAUCUGGCCCAAUACGCUCUACAGAGAGAAGUUGUCUAACCAAGCUAAGCAGAACCUGGACUUUUUUGUCCGAUUUGUCAACCUUCUGUUGAACGAUGUGACCUACGUUCUUGAUGAAUCUUUCGGUGCCUUUAAGACUAUUACUAGCACCCAGACUGAACUCAACACCACCGGUGCCUCGAUGGAUGCUGCCACCCGCCAGCAGCGCGAAGAGCACCUGUCACAAUCCCAGCGCAGUGCUAAGAAUUACAUGCAGCUCACUAACGAAACUGUGGCUAUGCUUAAGCUGUUCACCGAGGCGCUGGCAGACUCAUUCACAAUGCCCGAAAUCGUGCAGCGUUUGGCUGACAUGCUGGACUACAACCUUGAUGCCAUGGUUGGUCCUAAGAGCGCCACUCUCCGUGUCGACAACUUGCAAGAAUACGGCUUCAACCCGCGUGCCCUUCUGAGCGAGAUCGUCGACGUUUAUCUGAACCUGACUGGCAAAGAGAACUUCAUUCUGGCGGUUGCUCGCGAUGGCCGAUCCUACAAGCCUGCCAACUUUGAAAAAGCGGCUGAUAUAAUCCGUAAAUGGUCUUUGAAAUCCCCCGAGGAGCUUCGUCGCUGGGGCCAGAUGCAGAAAAAGGUCCAGGCAGCUAGGCUGGCGGAUGAGCAGGCAGAGGAGGAUCUCGGAGAGAUUCCAGAUGAUUUCCUUGAUCCUCUUAUGUACACGCUCAUGGAUGAUCCUGUCAUUCUCCCUGGGUCACGGAUCUCCAUUGAUCGAGCUACUAUCCGCUCGCACUUGCUCAGUGACCCCCACGAUCCCUUCAACCGUGUCCCACUGAAGAUGGAAGAUGUUGUGCCUGACCAUGACCUGAAGGCUAAGAUCGAAGCCUUCAAAUCCGAGAAAUUGGCCGGCAAACGGAAGGAGAUGGUCCCUCAUGAACAUAUGGACACAUCUACGGGUUAA